UAGCUUCCUUAGUCAUUCUAAAUACAGCGGGUCGGCUCAUAAAACGUUUGCCUCGAGUUUCAAUCCACAUAUUCCAGUUAGUUCGUUCCUCCGCUUUUCAAUAAUUAGCGCGAUAAAUCAAACUUAUCCCUGAUUACACGACAGCAUUUAACGCUGGUAAAACUGUUGGAAUGCAGCACGUCUAAGAAUGAACUGACAUAUUACUUGGCAAGACAGCGACAUUUCGACUUGAUCCACCAUUCGAAGACUAGAAAUUUUUAUCAUCAUCAUGCGUUCCAUGGUCUAUUUUGUGAUUCAAAGCUUGAUGUUAAUAUCGGUCUAUCACGUGCAAAAUGUUGGAGGAUGUAAAGCAAAAGUCAUCGGGGUGGAGGCUCGAAUGGGCGGAGCAGUAACUUCACUGGAUGGUGGGACACCAAGUGUCACAUACUAUUUUCCUGUUAGCAGCCCAGGGUUUUUGCUCAACUAUAUAGAUACCAAGGCCAAUCGCUUUCAGCAAUCGCGCGGGAAGAUAUGUGACAAAGAUUCCGGUGACGGAUCUGCUGUUGCUGUGACAGCUGAAAUAUUAGCAACUGCGAUGGGAAUCGAAGACUGCACCAAGUUUAAAGAGAAUGUAAACUACUCGGGUUCCGGUGAAUUUGAGAUCGAUUGUGGGGAACUUCAUACCACACAAAUUAUUGUUAAUGUCGACGGUCCAUGGUCGGCAGCAAAAGUCCGAUUUUCAGUGGAUAUAACCGAAGACGAAUGAAAAAUUGAUUCACUGCGAGCAGUGUCCAAGGACUUAACCUCUUAGCGGGAACAUUUCCAGUUUCCUUUAUGUAUAUCCAAAGGUUUUUGUCGAAAAUAUGGAAAAUACAUCUUAUAUUACAAAUGA